AUGACGCCGCCAGGGCGCCAGCCACCGCCGCACUUACCCCUCAAGCCGGCGGGCGGGCUUCCUGACGGCAGUGCACGCGCAAGAGACAUUGACGCAAUCCCCGCCCGUGGCGCGCGCGACAUUGACGCCGUCCCCGCCCGCGACUGGGAGCGCUCCUUCUGGCCCGAGCAACGAGGCGGAUGGCCACCCCGCGGUCGGGCACCUGCUUUCCGCAACGGUUCUCGGCGUUCCCCUUCCCCCUCCUUCCGCGACCGCGACAGGGAGCGCGAAUGGGCAUCCUAUCGCGCGCGUGAGGACGAGCGUCGUGACGGCCGCGACCGGGACCGCGAGCGCGAUGGCCGUCGCCGCGAACGGGAGCGGGACGACAGGUUCCGUCGCGACGAACGGUAUCGCGACGACCAGGUGCGGCAUCCAGACGGACGACGCUCCCCUCCCCCGCGCGCACGACCUCUUUCCCCACGACCACGACGCGACGAGCGGCCCGUCCCCGGCCCAGGGCCGAGCACCAUGGCCGCGCGCUCUCCUCCUGCCUCGCCGGACAGGUCACCUGGUGAGCUCGAGGAGGGCGAGGUCGUCUCGCCCGUCCGGCCCGCGCGAUGGGGCGAGCGUGAACGUGACCCAUCGCCCGUCGCCGCGCCCUUCUCUCGCCCACUCGACGACGGGUGGGCAAGCAGGAGACGCGCUGCGACCUCUCCGGCGCAGAGCUGUCGCAGUGGAUCAAGGCCGCGGUCUCCACCACCGUCCCGUCCCCGAUCGCCAGAUGAACACAAGCCGGACAUCAAGGAUUACGAGGACAGGCGGUCGUCAGUUGCGCCGUCGGCGCCGUCCGAGCGUGGGCAUGACCGAUACGAGUCUCCGGCCAUGUCUCUAGUCAAAGAAUUUAUCAAGGAAGAGUCUCCCGCGGCACCAAGGGAUCCAGUAGAAGGUUCCACGCCAGAGAAUCUACCAUCUGCGCUCCCAGAAGACGAGCCGCCCACAGCCACUGCAAUCGUGGAACCAAUACGGCCACCCGAGAAGGUUCCAUUUGCAGAGCAGGCCGAGCAAGUCGAGACCACAAGCGCCGCUGCGCCUGCGCCCCAGGUCAAGAAUGAGCAAGCCAAACGCGAGGCUGAAAUGCCCGCUGAGAAGGGCGCUACCACGUCGCCAGCCGCUCCUCAACCUAAAGAAGCGCAAGAGACUGUGGACACGCGCGAAAACGCCACAGCCGUCGUCAUUGAAGACGAGACCAGUGCAGUCCAGGAGACACAUCUGAUACUUCCGGCGGAGGCGGCGCCGGUGCGAUUGCAGUCUGUUGCGGCGGCGGAGGCGGACAAGUCGCCUGUCGAGCCUGAACAUCUGCCGGCCGAGGUGGAAGAGCCUGACCAGCCUCUUGUAUGUGAACCCGUCGCCUCAGAGCGCGCUGCGAAGGCUCUCGAUGGUGCCGCCAAGAUGCCUGUCAAGGAAGCUGCUGCCGUCGAGUCCGCGAUCGUGGACGCGCCGCCGAUGGAAGAAGAUGCUGAGAAACCUGCUGAGGCCGCCGCCGCCGCGAUCCAGAGGCCAGCCGAUGCGGAGGCAGAGGCAACCCAGGUGGAGGACGCCGCUACUGUCUCCGAGAUCGCCGAGCCGCCAUCCACCGAAGACGUUCCCGCCUCCAUAGAGGAGACGAUGGACAACGCCGUGGAGGAGAUUGUCAACGAACCGAUACCGACUCCUUCCCCAACAGUGACGGUCCUCACGAUACCCCAGCCCAAAGCCCCAGUACAAACGGGAGCUGUCGCUGAGUCCGCCGCUGAGUCCGCCGCUGAGGUCCCGCCCAUCGCCGAGCCCCUCCCCGACCCCCCUGCAGACGCGGACAUCAAAAUGGCCAGUGCCUCGCCUCCUCCACGCCCGACACCGCCCACUCAGGCUGCCGAUGGGGACGUCGAGAUGGCUGACGUCAGCCAGCGUGCACAACCCCCACCUUCAACUGCUACCUCUGUCUCGGCCGGUGAGGUCAAGGUUACAGUUCAGGAGGCGACCUCCUCAUCUGGCACCAAGGUCGCACCUGAGGUUGAGCCUGAGCACGAGCCGAAGCCCAAGGACUUUGCACUCGAGCCUGAGCCUAGCCUCCCUGUCACGUCGGCGCUUGACGUCGUUUCAACUGUGGAGAUGGCUGUGGCGCUCGCUGCCGAUGCUCCCGACGCUUCUGAACAUACCAAGGCUGUUGUUGUUGACGAGGUCACUGAACUUGAUCCCGUGCCUGUGGAAAUUAAGGCCCCAAGUCCUGAACCUCGGAAGGCCGUCUUCGAGAACAUCCUUGAAGCCGCCGAGGCCUCAUCAGACGUCGAGAUGGCUGAUGACACCGGCCCUGCUACCGAGAGAGCCGAGAAGACGGUUACCUUCCUGUCGCCGGAGCUCCCCUCAGUGCCACUCGCCUCGCGGUCGACCCGCUCGACCAUCGCCGAGAGGAGAGCUGUUGAGCUUCCAGACAGGGAACCUUUGCCGCGUACCUCCAAAGAGCGCAUUCGCGACCCGGUCCCAACAGCCGACUCAGUGCAGACGAGUACCGACGCCGAGGAAGCGGAAGAGGAGCUCUCUCCCUUCGAGUUUAAUUUGCGCGAGACAGUCCGCGAAGCCCAGAAACUCUGGGACGAGAUCGACAUAGAGACGAUUCUCAAGUGGAACCAGGAGUGCGCACCAGUGGAGAGCUCAAGGGUGCCCACUAACCCGGAAUUUGACGCCGACAAGUUUAUUGCCACCGUCAUCCAGCCGCUCGGCAAACAGCAGAAGCGCGUUGUGCCCGUUGUCGCCUUUGUCAUUGCGCGGGAGAAGGAUGAGAUCCAAGCGAAAAUCGACCUACUGAGAGCGGAGUAUCUAGAUAAGGACAAGGCUUGGCAGGAGCACUGCGCCUACCUUGACAAGAUCAUGGAGAAGCGUGGGCCACCACCAGCUGACCUAUACGCUAUUCCUGGCAGUAUCCUUCCGCCAUCAACGCCGGGCAUCCCACCAACGACCCCGAUUGUCGAGGAGACGUACCCCUCGCGCAGCAACCGACGCCGCGGUGCUGGCGAUGCCGUCGCCACUGAGGCUGAAUACCAGGCGAUUCUUGCGGGCCUCGCGGACAGCGCUGCCAAGGACCCAACUCACCGUGCAACCAAGACCGCAGCCACGAUCCCGGACAUGAUCCUGACCAAGGAGCGUGACUACGUCUACGACGACGAGAACUACCGCGUCCUCGACCCGCUCAAGACGUACGACUUCAACGGCGAGGAGGACCCGGUGUGGACCGAGGAGGAACGCGCAAAGUUCCUCAAGCGCUACUUGGCAAACCCCAAGCUGUUUGGCAAGAUCGCCGAGGGCAUCCCGAACAAGUCGGCCGGCCAGUGCGUCCAGUACUACUACCGCACCAAGUACGACAACGACUACAAGUCUGUGUUGGCUUCAAGACGCGGAGUCAAGGCCAGACGUGCGGUCGCGAAGAAGAAGAGCUCGGCGCUCAUGGCGGACAUUGAGCGGACGCAGCAAACGACGGGUACAAGCAACAAGACCAAGCGCGAACGUGGCCGUGAAGCGCGCGCUGAACGGGAUCGCGAGCGCGAAAAGGUCGAGCGUGUUGACUCGGCGACGGGCACGCCGCAGCCCAACGGCCGCAAGCCACGCGGCCGCGUCCCCGACACACCGAGCACUGUCGCCGGUGAAGACACACCUGCGCCACCUUCGCGGAAGCGUAAGACGGACGACAAGACGGACAACGAGGACAGCAACGCGCCAUCGCGCGCCACGUCUGAAGCACCCUCCACGUCGAGCAAGAAGCCGCGCCCGGCCAAGUCAACCUCCAAGAAGCGCCCCCGUCCCAGCUCACUCAAGGAGGAGAAGGAGCCAUCUGCUGGGCCUCAGCAGUCGACGCCAUCAACCCCUGCGCCUGUUCCUGACGCGGCGCAACAGGCCGCUAUCGACCACGCUGCGGCCGUCGCCAUCGCAUCGAUGAACGGUGGAAUCCCCCCACCGCCACCUCCAGGUGUGGUCGCACCCGCUGGCGAUGUAGCGGCAGCUGCCUCUCCCCCUGAGGGACCAUCGCCCAUCGACCCGCAGUCACAGCUGCCGAUCGACGCAGGGCCCCUGCUGCCUCCCGUGAAGCGCGCGAAGCGCCGCAAGCAGAAUCACCCGCCGCUAGACGAGGCCGAGGUUGCAGUCGCCGAGGCCGCCUCAACCCCCAAGCCGCGCCGCUCCGGCACCAACUCGUACUGGUCGGUGGCUGAGAAGAACAAGUUCCCCGAGCUUGUGCGCGAGCAUGGCACGGACUUUAGAGCGAUAGCGGACAAGCUGGGUGGUACCAAGACGGUCGUCCAGGUGCGUAACCACUUCAAGUCGAUGGAGAUCGAGUUGAAGGAGAAGGGCAUCAUCCAGCCUGAGUCGAUCGAGGUGGGAGUGAGAGACGUCAAGGUCAACGGAGCGGCGGACGCGUACGGCGGCUUCCCGCCAUUGCGGCCUGGACACGAGUACACGCCCACCGUUCCCCGAGCUGGUUCACAAUCUGGACCGCGUCGCACCUCGCACGAGUACCCAGAGCCGCGAAUGGCGAUGUUCCCUCCUGUGCCGCACGCGGCGCCGCCUCCAAUCACCAUCUCGUCGUCGUCCACGCCGUCAGCCCCACCUUCAAGAUCGGGUGGUAUGCGCAUCUCCGCAUUGCUCAACGACGAUCCGCCAGCGGUCGAGACGCGCGCAUUGGACACGGCGAGCAUCGCGUCUGACGGCACUGUCGACGAACGUGACUUUGAUCAGCCAAGUGCGCCGCCACGCCGACCAUCGCCCCGUCUGCCGCCUGUACCGUACCACGAGUACCCUCACCGCGCAUCAUUCGAGGACGCGCGCCACGAAAGCCAGGAGCGCUUCCGGCCUGCAUCGUCGGGAUACUCCUACGCUGCUGCGGCGGCUGCUCCAGGUUGGCGGCAUGACGCACGCGAGCGCAACGGGAACACGCCCAGCGAGAACACGCUCAGCGGGAACACGCACGUGAACACGCCCACCGGGAGCAUGCGCAGCGGGAGGUACAACGCGAGCAAGCCCAGCGGGAACAAGCACACCGGGAACACGUCGCACAACGUGAACACGCCUCGCAACGUGAACAUGCUGCGCAACGUGAACAUGCUGCGCGCCUCGAGCAUGCACGCCAUCUCGAAAUGCGCGAGCGCGAGCGCGACCCGCGAGAUGUGCGUGACCCGCGCGAACCGCAUCGCGAGUCCACCUCCUCUACCUCCAGUGUCGCGGCUGCCGGCCAUGCCGACGCUCGGGGCCUUCCCCCCGCAACCGGCGAUGCAACUCCCGCGCGAGUACCGGACGGGCGACUGGAGAUCAUACAUGUCCACACAGAAUGGCGAGCACGAGUACCAACGGUAG